UUUCAAACAAUUUCCCGAAUUGACAGCUCUGUCAAGGGUUGACUGAUCGUUUACGGGGAAGUUGGUGGGCGCUCGGCGUUUUACUCUGUGAUUCCACUGUGACCAGGUCUCGGUUAUGAAAAUUCAUUCCGAUUGUCGAGCAAUUUUACAGAUUUUAUAGAUUCUUCUGCCUAAACACAUGGCCGCAGUGAACAAAGCACUAGAUCGAGCUUCGGCACAAGCUCCUCAGACGAAUGAAAGAUUCAUACCAACACUGCCCAAGGAACACGAAAGCUUUAAAUUUCAUGGUUGGAAGAUUUCUUACACUCAGUCGCACAUUCUGAAGAGUGUUUGUGUGGACCAAUGCACGGAGGAAAGUGGAAGUCCUUGCGAGUUGUGUGUGUACGAACGGACCCUUGGUUUGCCUCACUUGCCCGACAUGGUGUUCCAUAAAAAUGUGCUACGCCUGGAACACGAAAGUGGUGCUGUGCUGGAAUUCAAUCCUAUGGACGCUCUCAAACUGGUCGAGAAUGGAAAAAUGGGCCCGAAGGUCGCUUGUGCCGGAGAGUGGAGGGAAUCAAGAUCACCCCAACACACUGAAGAAAAAUGCAAGCCUUUCGACUGGACAUUCAAAACUGAUUAUGCGGGCACAAUCAAUGAGAAAUUUCAGGUUGAAGACGUUGAUAUGCAGCUGGAUUUCAAAAAGCUAGCGAGACGGGAGGAAAUCUUGUUUUACACUGACAUCACUCUAUUCGAGGACGAACUCCACGAUAAUGGAAUUGCCAAAUAUUCGGUUAAAAUUAGGGUAAUGCCGUCCGGAUACUAUAUUCUCGCACGCUAUUUCCUACGAUUGGAUAAAGUCAUGUGUAUGUUGAACGACGCCCGCUAUCACUAUGAAGUUGAAAAUGACUACGUUCUGAGGGAAUGUAUUGCUCGUUCCGAGGAAUGUGACAAAAUGAAAUUUGAUGUGAGGAUAAGGCUCCACGACAACAAUCUUCAAAAUCCAGAAACUUUGCUCCCUCAAGUCAGCAGGAAGACGGAAAAGUUGAAAUUUCAGUGAAAACCUCAGUACGGAAAUCCACUGUAAAAAUUAGCAGGAUGCACGUCCUUUCACUCAAAUUCCAUUGUAAAUAGCAUUAAAUAAAAACUUUGGCUGGAAA